AUGGUGCACUGCGCUGGGUGCGAGCGGCCCAUUCUGGAUCGCUUCCUCCUCAACGUGCUGGACCGCGCUUGGCACGUGAAGUGCGUCCAGUGCUGUGAAUGCAAGUGCAAUUUGACGGAAAAAUGCUUUUCCAGGGAUGGCAAGCUUUAUUGCAAAAAUGACUUUUUCAGGCGGUUCGGAACAAAAUGCGCUGGUUGCCUCCAAGGUAUCUCCCCUAGCGACCUCGUACGAAAAGCCCGGAACAAGGUGUUCCAUUUGAACUGCUUUACCUGCAUGGUCUGCAACAAACAGCUGUCCACGGGAGAAGAACUGUAUAUAAUAGACGAAAAUAAGUUUGUCUGUAAAGAAGACUACUUGAAUACUAGCGCCAUUAAGGAAGUCAGUUUAAAUUCAGUGUCUUCAUGUACAGACAGAAGUUUGUCGCCGGACCUCCAAGACCCGAUACAAGAUGAUACAAAAGAGACGGACAAUUCCACGUCCUCUGAUAAGGAGACGAACAAUAAUGAGAACGAGGAGCAGAACUCUGGAACCAAAAGAAGGGGGCCUCGGACAACUAUCAAAGCUAAACAACUGGAAACACUUAAGGCAGCUUUUGCCGCAACGCCCAAACCGACCCGACAUAUUCGAGAGCAGCUGGCUCAAGAGACCGGCCUAAAUAUGCGAGUAAUCCAGGUGUGGUUUCAGAAUCGUAGGUCCAAGGAAAGGCGGAUGAAACAACUGAGUGCAUUGGGAGCCCGGCGACACGCCUUCUUCCGGAGCCCGCGCAGAAUGCGUCCACUGGGCUCCAGGCUGGAGGACUCAGAAAUCAUGGGCUCCGUGCCUUACAAUUACUAUGGUGACUACCAAGGUGACUACUAUGGCCCUGGAGGUAACUACGACUUCUUCCCUCACGGACCCCCCUCCUCCCAGGCUCAGUCCCCUGCUGAUUCUAACUACAUCCCUGGCUCAGGGCAGGGGCCUUUGGAGGGGCCCCUCUCAGGCCACCAUCCCUCAGACAACCAAAGGUAUACGGACAUGAUCUCCCAUGCUGACACACCCAGCCCAGAGCCUGGCCUCACUGGGCCCCUGCAUCCUAUCCCAGGAGAGGUCUUUAGCGGGGGGCCCAGUCCACCUUUCUCGUUGGCCAGUAAUUCCAGCUAUAGUGCCCCCCUCUCACAUCCCAGUCAGGAAAUGGGUGAGACAGCUGUGUGGUAG